CACAAGGGGCGUAGGAAAGACUGUCAGCCAUCUUAUUUUGUUUCAUAGAUUUGUUCACGUCCACGUCUGGUUUUAUUGAAAUUUAUUCAACUUACCUUCUUUCGUAUUCUAAAGGUUUAGUAAACCCUAGUUUGUAAAAUCUAUUUUCAACUAUGGGUAAUCGUGAUGACGAAUACGAUUACUUGUUCAAAGUGGUGCUCAUUGGAGACUCGGGUGUAGGCAAGAGUAACCUUCUCUCAAGGUUCACAAGAAAUGAGUUCAAUCUGGAAUCUAAGUCCACUAUUGGAGUAGAAUUUGCUACAAGAAGUAUACAGGUUGAUGGGAAGACAAUAAAGGCACAGAUUUGGGACACGGCAGGACAAGAACGUUAUCGAGCCAUCACUUCUGCGUACUAUCGUGGUGCAGUUGGAGCCCUGCUUGUGUAUGACAUCGCCAAGCACUUGACGUAUGAGAAUGUGGAGCGAUGGCUGCGCGAGUUGCGUGACCAUGCAGACCAGAACAUAGUAAUCAUGUUAGUGGGCAACAAGAGUGACUUGAGGCACCUGCGGGCUGUCCCUACCGAUGAGGCCAGGACAUUUGCGGAGCGCAAUGGCCUCUCCUUUAUAGAGACCUCAGCUCUUGACUCUACAAAUGUGGAAACGGCUUUUCACAAUAUCCUGACAGAAAUCUAUCGGAUCGUGUCGCAAAAGCAGAUUCGGGACCCGCCCGAGGGUGACACCAUUAGACCCACCAAUGUGGAGGCUAUCGACGUCAAACCUACGGUUAACACAGACAGUGUGCGCAAACAAUGCUGUCAGUGAGCCUAAGGCGAGGAAAUUAAGAAGCCACUGAGUGUGGAGGGGUAACGUCCAUUUCCCCUGAUAUGUCGUGGCCUAAACCAGCCUCCACCAUGUAAUGUGUUGUGUGAGGCUGUGAGAGACAUUUGUGCGUCAUUUGUGCGACCAUGAACAAUAAGUUGUUUACAAAAGCAUCAUUCAUUAUUUCCGUCAAGUCAUUUUUUUUGUGUUUUUUUUGCGUAAUAAGUGCAGUGUGUUUUUCUCUCUGGUGUAAAUCAACUAGCCUAUGUUGUGAGGCACGUUUAUUUUUCAUCCUUAGCCAUAAGGAUAGUUUUUGAAAAUUAAAAAUUCUAGAAUGUUUACACUAAUCUUGAAUGGUUUUUAGUCCUUAAAAUUUAGAUGAUUUUGCAUGUGAAACUGGUGUUUUCCGUAGAAUCUGUUCGUACAUAAAUUUUGGGUCAUUUGAAUAGUAACGGAAAAUAUCAGUUAGUUAAUUGUGAUAUCAGCUUGUAAAAAAGUCACAGCACCUUACCAGCAAUAAAUUUUUAACCAAUUAAAUCACUUUAUGAUGCUUUUGUCUAAAUUGGGUUAUUAUUGUAUUGUCAUUUAUAGUUCCAACUUGACCUAGAAUCAAAUGAAAUUGCUUGUCGCAUUUUACAUAAUGUAUGUAUAGUUAUUUUUUGUAUUUAUAAAAACGGUACUAUGGUUUGCUAACUUGAGCCCCUACUUUUAUUAUUUAUCUUAUUUAUAUAUAUAAUUAUCUUAAAUACUUGAUAAGCUUUAUACAUAAUGGAACCAUGUUUAUAUAACUAUAUUUCGUUUUAAAUUCCAAGAGUUUAGUAGUAUCGGGUUUGGCUGAGGAAGCCAUUGUUUUGUACGAAAUAUCUUAGUUUUGUUACAUUCCUGUUGUCAGUUUUGCUGUUUUUAGUCUCAGAAAACCUCACCUAGAGCUUUACCGAGUGUGUUUUUGUUAUCAAUGUGUAGAACUUUCACCUGCCUUCUACAUUGAAUCAUGCCAUAAUAAAUCAAUAUUUUACAUUACACUAAAAUAAAUAUGUUAAUUAUGACUAGGGAUAAGAUGUUAUUGUAAAAUAUAAAUAAUAAUAAAUUACAUUAAAAUGUGCUUUUGUUUAAUA